AUUCACUGAAGGGGCCCUGCCCUGAAGCACUGCUAGUGGCCUGCUGCUGCCACGAGCUGGAGAUAACAGCCUCUCCAAACAGCGGUGCUCCCUAGCAGUUGAUUGCCCUCCAGGCAUCACAGCCUCCAGCAACCACAGAGGAUUCUUUAGCUCUUGGCCCAAAGCAGCAAGAGGGUAUCCUUCAAGCCCUACAGGUGCAACAGAGCCAUCUACCAGCUGCCAUACUCCGUGAAGAUGGCUCAAACUCCUUUGGGGGCUGUGGCUCUUAAGCGACUCCAGAAGGAGUUGCUUGCCCUCUCUCAAGAUCCCCCGGCUCAGUGUUCUGCAGGGCCAGUGGCAGAAAAUAUGUUUCAUUGGCAAGCAACCAUAAUGGGGCCUGAAGAUAGCCCCUACCAGGGAGGGGUUUUUUUCCUGUCCGUCCACUUUCCAUACGAUUACCCCUUCAAGCCCCCCAAAGUUUCGUUCAUAACCCGAAUUUACCAUCCAAACAUUAGCAAAAAUGGAAGUAUCUCUCUAGACAUCUUGAAUUCUAGGUGGUCACCUGCACUUACGAUUUCCAAAGUUCUUCUGUCUAUUUGCUCUCUAUUAUGUGAUCCAAACCCAGAUGACCCUCUGGUUCCUGAAAUUGCAAAUAUCUACCUCAGGGAUUUAAGACAGUAUGAUAAAUUGGCACGAGAGUGGACCAAGAGGUAUGCAAUGUAAUUUCGACAUGUAAUGGUCAUAAUAAUGAAAAGAAGUGGUUCACUU